AUGCCGACGUCUCCACCGCUGGCACCAAAGCGCUCCUCCAUCGACGCCGCAGGGCCGAGCUCGGGACCCGCCGCAGCAGGCGGUGACGGUAACGGCGACGGCUCUGCUUCGGGAUCGUCGGCCAAGCGCACGCGUUCACGCAACGGCUGCCUUGUGUGCCGUGCGCGCAGGAUCAAGUGUGACCUCGAACGUCCAGAGUGCCGUCGCUGUGUCAACUAUGGCGCCGAAUGUGUUUACCCAGUGAAAAAGGCCUUUGACGCCGUCGCCGUCGACGCUGCGCUGGGUAGUCGCCAUAACCGCCCGUCCAACGUCGCAGCCACCGCUAUUGCCGUGCACGGCGGCGACGGAGGUUCAGACGCCCACCUCGACAACAGCGCUCACUCGCCGCCAGCACACUCUCUCGCGUCGUCGCUGCCUCCGUUGCCUCCCCUGCCGCCCCUCCGCCCACGCGGCGACGAGCGCCGUUUGAUCGACUCUGUGCCCCCCUUGGAACUUGUGCACGCACUCUUCCGCAAGACCAAGAUGGGAUCGUUCUUCAGCAACCCUACAGACCCUCCAGAAUUCCUCUCGCUUGCGUUUCCCGAGCCGGAUGACCUGCGCUGUUUCCACCACGCGCUCACGUAUAGUCUGUCCAUCAUGGUCAUUGACGAGGAUCGCAACCCAUGGGUGGAACACAUUGCACCCAUGUUCCUGUUCCCCACGGGCGACGCCCCGCUCUCGACCCAAGCGCUCAAGUACUCCAUGCUCGCGAUUGGUGCGACACACCUGGCAUACCUCGAGGCAACAAGCCGCGUUCCGAAUGCCGAGCACACGCUCCAGCUGUCAAAGAACUACCGUCACACUACCAUCGGGCUCCUGCGCCAGGCGCGGCGUAUGCCCAGCGAGCGCGAGCACGAUGCCUUUUUGGCCGCCUCGCUCAUGCUCGUCGACCACGAUAUCCUCGCUGCGUCAGUCUCCUGGCGUGAACCGCUCCGCUACGCAAAGACCGCGCUCGCAUACCGAGGAGGCGCGGGCAGUGUCCUCUUUGGACCCGACUGGCGUACAGCACUGUCCGGACGCGGAAUGGACAUUACACCGCCUCCCUCCGUUCGACGCUACCUCGUCGAGCACGGUGUCAUGCACGACAUUCUUUCGUGUUUCACCACCGGCGAUCCACCGACAAUCCUCAACAAUGACUCGCCCUGGUGGGAGGCGCUCGGUACCACGGGCAUCACGGACCGCGAGGUGAGUACUACUGCUAGACGUGGUUACAUGCUGACCGCGGCUCAGUGGGAAUCCAUCGAAUCCCUUGUGGGAUUUGACCGCUCCAUUCUGCGCAUCUUCUCGAGCGUUCUGGCGCUGUACGCCGAGUGGCGCCGGUUCGAGGACCGCUACCGCCCUGUCAACGAGCUCGACCCGAGCGUCUCUCCGCACAGCUCGGCCGCCAUGGAUCGUCUCGAGCUGAGCCGCCGACUGACUGACAUGCAAAUGGAGCUCGCGACGUGGCGCGCCGAAGCGUCGACCCGGUACAUGGCUGCGCGUACCAUGGUGGGCAGCAUGACGCUCUGGCACGCGGCCCAGAUCCUCAUUCUGCGCGACAUGCAGAAACGCUCGCGGGAGGACGCCGAGAUCCAGUCGUCUGCGGCGGCCAUCCUCGAGCUGUGUAUCGAAGUGGGCGACAAGGUCGAGUUUUUAAACUGGUCGCUCGUCGUUGCCUGCUGCGUCAUCCUGGACCCGGAGAAGCGCAACGUGGCCCGCGGCAUCAUCAAGACGUUUGCCUACCAGUGCUGCCACGAGAUUGAGUCGACCCGCAUGCUCAUCGAGGAGAUGUGGCGGCGCAUGGACGAAGGAUACGACGACGAGGCGUGUAACUGGCGCGAGAUUGCGAUUGAGAUUGGUCGCUCCGUGCUCAUCGGUUAG